GACGCAACAUUUUUCGUCACUAUGCCAAAUUAAAUUGUUACUUAUUCAGCACUGUAUGUACCAGCUGUUUCAAAACAGUCCAACUGGAAAACAGCAACGAAACUGCUGACAGAUUCCGCCGACAAUGAGCUUUAUUGACCAGGAGGUUACAGAGUUUCGAGCACAAUGUGAAAAGCAGGUACCGCACACGAAAAUCAUAAUUUGCUCCAACUCUUUGAUUCGGGUUGACAUCUACCCGGAGCGUCCAAACCUCUCAAUGACCGUGUGCCUUCGCUUUCCGGAAAACUACCCGCAGAGCACUCCCAUCUUGGUGGAGCUAAAGAGUCGUGUAUACUCCGAUAUGCUGCUAACGGAGCUCACUCGGUUAAUCGACGACUAUGUCAAGGAUUUUUUGGGAAAACCGCAGGCGCUGUUGGUUCUGGCCUUUGCGCAGCAGUAUUUGACGGAUAAUCCGCUUUGCGUAUGCCUAGACGAGAUUAAGCAGCUAAGGGCAGACAUCAAAAGUGGAGGCUCGGAGAGCCAGCUAAAGCUGAAGCAAAAGAACAGGAGCGUGGAGCUGGUGGCUAAGGGAGGCCGUUACAAGUACAAAGUUACUGCCGUCGUUCUGGACAGCUAUCCCAUGCAAAGUGUGGAGCUACGUGGUCAAGAAUCCAAUCUGCCUGCCGUGCUUGUGCGCUACCUAAACGGUCAGUCGCGGGAGAUAGCUCGCCAGUGCGUAGAGCCACCGAUUCGGCUUAGCAAAGAGGCACUGGCCAAUUUUCGUCCGGUGAGGAGUCUGCAACGGUCACUCAAGUUCUGCCUGGAGGCCACUCGGGAUUUCCAUAUCGAACUUUGCCCUAUUUGUGAUAAAACUGUGCUACCCGAUGAUCCGCAGAAUAUAGAAAUAGAUGACAAUUCUGACCUUUUCAUCGAGCGCGUUUACUGUGGACACCUAUUUCACCAAGGGUGCCUUAAGAAAUAUCUGUCAGAGCCUCCCUUUCCCAAGGGCGGAAAACUGUGUCCAGCCAAGCGUCGCCAUCCGCGUUCUGAUGCUCAGACUUACAUGGGAAGAUCACAGGGAGGAGGAGUCGCUGCAUCCAAGUCUUUGGAAGACGCGGUUUGUGGCAUUAAGCUGGCUCACGACCGCUGGGUAGUCAGUGUGAAGACUGCGGAGGCACGUUGGGCCCAGAAACAGGCUCGCCAGCGGGAGCUCGAGGAGGUGGUGGACUUCCUACAAUAACAGAGGAUUCAACUCAAGAACAGCUUUCUGAAUAUGGUUAUGUAUUUUGUGAUUUCUUUUCGAAUACGCUUAUAUUGCUAAAGAUGAAAUAAAUAAAGUGAAGAUAAAGUGCGA